GGAGGGCCCAGCCUGGCGGACGCCUGGACCCCUGCCCACGCCGGGGGCUCCGCAGAUCUCGGCCCGCCGCGGGCGCCGGUCGGAGCAGUCCCUGCGGGCCUGGGGGCGCGUCCUCGCCGCGGGAUCGGGGCAGCUGGUUUCAGAACCUGGCGAGGGAACAAGAUGUGAACUGUUGCGCUCCUGAAGAAAAAAGGCCCUUCCUCCCCUUCUCGCGAAGGCAAAUGUUCUGAAAAAAACUCUGUGUGGGGAUGGCUUGCCUUACAAUGACAGAAAUGGAAGGAACGUCCGUAUCCCCUGUACAUCAGAACGGUGAUGUUCCUGGAAAUGCUAAUCCGGUGAAGCAAAUAGAUCCACUCCUACAGGUGUAUCUUUACCAUUCUCUUGAGAAAGCUGAAGGAGAGUAUCUGAAGUUUCCAACUGGGGAGUAUGUUGCAGAAGAAAUCUGUGUUGCUGCUUCUAAAGCUUGUGGAAUCACACCUGUGUAUCAUAGUAUGUUUGCUUUAAUGAGUGAAACAGAAAGGAUUUGGUAUCCGCCCAACCAUGUCUUCCAUAUAGAUGAAUCAACCAGGCACAAUGUACUCUACAGAAUAAGAUUUUACUUUCCUUACUGGUAUUGUAACGGCAGCAACAGAACCUAUCGGUAUGGGAUAUCUCGAGGUGCUGAAACUCCUCUUCUUGACGACUUUGUCAUGGCCUACCUUUUUGCUCAGUGGCGGCAUGAUUUUUUACAUGGAUGGAUAAAAAUACCUGUGACUCAUGAAACACAAGAAGAAUGUCUUGGAAUGGCUGUGUUAGAUAUGAUGAGACUAGCCAAAGAGAAAGAUCAGACCCCAUUGGACAUCUAUAGCUCUAUCAGCUACAAGACAUUCUUACCAAAAUGUGUUCGAGCAAAGAUCCAAGACUAUCAUAUUUUGACAAGGAAACGAAUAAGGUACAGAUUUCGCAGAUUUAUUGAGCAGUUCAGCCAUUGCAAAGCCACUGCCAGAAACUUGAAACUUAAGUAUCUUAUAAAUCUGGAAACUCUUCAGUCAGCCUUCUACACAGAGCAAUUUGAAGUAAAAGAACCUGGAAGAGGUCCUUCAGGUGAGGAGAUUUUUGCAACCAUUAUAAUAACUGGAAACGGUGGAAUUCAGUGGUCAAGAGGGAAACAUAAAGAAAGUGAGACACUGACAGAACAGGAUUUACAGUUAUAUUGUGACUUCCCUGAUAUUAUUGAUGUUACUAUUAAGCAAGCAAGCCAAGAAGGCUCAAAUGAAAGUAGAAUUGUAACUAUACAUAAGCAAGAUGGUAAAAAUCUGGAAAUUGAACUUAGCUCAUUAAAAGAAGCUUUGUCCUUUGUGUCAUUAAUUGAUGGCUAUUAUAGAUUAACUGCAGAUGCACAUCAUUACCUCUGUAAAGAAGUAGCACCUCCAAUGGUCCUUGAAAAUAUACAAAGCAACUGUCAUGGCCCAAUUUUAAUGGAUUUUGCCAUCAGUAAACUGAAGAAAGCAGGUAAUCAGACUGGACUCUACGUACUUCGAUGCAGUCCUAAGGAUUUUAAUAAGUAUUUUCUGACUUUUGCUGUUGAGCGAGAAAAUGCCAUUGAAUAUAAGCACUGUUUGAUUACAAAGAAUGAAAAUGGAGAAUACAACCUCAGUGGGACCAAGAAGAACUUCAGUAACCUUAAAGAUCUUUUGAAUUGCUACCAGAUGGAAACUGUUCGCUCAGACAGUAUAAUUUUCCAGUUUACUAAAUGUUGUCCCCCAAAGUUGAAAGAUAAAUCAAACCUUCUAGUCUUCAGAACCAGUGGCAUUUCUGAUGUUCCCACAUCACCAACAUUACAGAGGCACAAUAAUGUGAACCAAAUGGUGUUUCACAAAAUCAGAAAUGAAGAUUUGAUGUUUAAUGAAAGCCUUGGCCAAGGCACUUUUACAAAAAUUUUUAAAGGUAUAAGGAGAGAAGUAGGAGAUUAUGGUCAACUACAUGAAACAGAAGUUCUUUUAAAAGUUCUGGAUAAAGCUCACAGAAACUAUUCCGAGUCUUUCUUUGAAGCAGCAAGCAUGAUGAGCCAGCUUUCUCACAAGCAUCUAGUUUUAAAUUAUGGAGUGUGUGUCUGUGGGGAGGAGAAUAUUCUGGUUCAAGAGUUUGUAAAAUUUGGAUCAUUAGAUACAUAUCUGAAAAAGAAUAAAAAUUCUAUAAAUAUAUUAUGGAAACUUGAAGUGGCUAAACAGUUGGCAUGGGCCAUGCAUUUUCUAGAAGAAAAAGCACUUGUUCAUGGGAAUGUGUGUGCCAAAAAUAUUCUGCUUAUCAGAGAAGAAGACAGGAAGACAGGAAAUCCUCCUUUCAUCAAACUUAGUGAUCCUGGCAUUAGUAUUACAGUUUUGCCAAAGGACAUUCUUCAGGAGAGAAUACCAUGGGUACCACCUGAAUGCACUGAAAAUCCUAAAAAUCUAAAUUUGGCGACAGACAAAUGGAGUUUUGGUACCACUUUGUGGGAAAUCUGCAGUGGAGGAGAUAAACCUCUGAGUGCUUUGGAUUCUCAAAGAAAGCUACAGUUUUACGAAGAUAGGCACCAGCUUCCUGCACCAAAGUGGACAGAAUUAGCAAAUCUUAUUAAUAAUUGUAUGGAUUAUGAACCAGAUUUCAGACCUUCUUUCAGAGCCAUCAUACGAGAUCUUAAUAGUUUGUUUACUCCAGAUUAUGAACUACUAACAGAAAAUGACAUGUUACCAAAUAUGAGAAUAGGUGCCCUGGGGUUUUCUGGUGCUUUUGAAGACCGAGACCCUACACAAUUUGAAGAGAGACACUUGAAAUUUCUACAGCAACUUGGCAAGGGUAAUUUUGGCAGCGUGGAGAUGUGCCGGUAUGACCCCCUGCAGGACAACACUGGGGAGGUGGUGGCUGUGAAGAAGCUCCAGCACAGUACUGAGGAGCACCUGAGAGACUUUGAGAGGGAGAUUGAAAUCCUGAAAUCCCUGCAGCAUGACAACAUUGUGAAGUACAAGGGAGUGUGCUACAGUGCUGGUCGGCGUAAUCUAAGAUUAAUUAUGGAAUAUUUACCAUAUGGAAGUUUACGAGACUAUCUCCAAAAACAUAAAGAACGGAUAGAUCAUAAAAAACUUCUGCAGUAUACAUCUCAGAUAUGCAAGGGCAUGGAGUAUCUUGGUACAAAAAGAUAUAUCCACAGGGAUCUGGCAACAAGGAAUAUAUUGGUGGAAAAUGAAAACAGGGUAAAAAUUGGAGAUUUUGGGUUAACCAAAGUCUUGCCACAAGACAAAGAAUACUACAAAGUGAAAGAACCUGGUGAAAGUCCCAUAUUCUGGUAUGCUCCAGAAUCACUGACAGAGAGCAAGUUUUCUGUGGCUUCAGAUGUUUGGAGCUUUGGAGUGGUUCUCUAUGAACUUUUCACAUAUAUUGAGAAGAGUAAAAGUCCCCCAGCGGAAUUUAUGCGCAUGAUUGGCAAUGACAAACAAGGACAGAUGAUUGUGUUUCAUUUGAUAGAACUCCUGAAGAAUAAUGGAAGAUUACCAAGACCAGAUGGAUGCCCAGAUGAGAUUUAUUUGAUCAUGACAGAAUGCUGGAACAAUAAUGUCAAUCAACGCCCCUCUUUUAGAGACCUAGCUCUUCGAGUUGAUCAAAUAAGGGACAACAUGGCUGGAUGAAAGAAACAAACGUCACUCUGAGACCAAAAUAGACUUAAAGAACAAAGUUUUGUAUUUCACAUUACUGUGGACUAUUAUUACAUAUACCAUUGUUAGGUAUAUCAUGAUGCUAGCCAGCAAUGAUGUGGAAAUAUCCAUUCAAAACUUUCAAAGUUUAGUGAGCUUUUUCUUCGUGAAGACGUCGGUAAAAGACUUGAUGAAAAGUCCUUAGCAAAGAAUUUUGUGAUUUCACAAACCUAAUCAGUCCAUUAACAUCACUUUUCUUUGGCAAAAGAAAAAAAUAGACUUUUUUCAACUCAGAAUUUUGAAAGAUGAAAAUAUCAUAAUGUAGAUUUUACAAUGUUGACGAUGCACAGAAUAUGUAUGUACAGUUUUUACCACAGUGAAUGUAUAAUACCUUUGCAUCUUGUGUGAUGUUUUACACAAGGGCUGGUGUUCAUUGAUAAUGUUUCCGAAUUUUUCCAUAGUUGAUCUACAAUAAUGUCACUAUACAAAUUAUGCUUAGAUAAUUGAAUAAGCACCUUGCGUUCUUGUUCAUCUAUAUCACUGGCCAGCAAUGUAAGCAGUUGUACACUUUCAGCUUGUAGUUCUAUGUACUGUAAAUAUUUUUCAAAGCAACGGGAACAAAUGUUUAGUUUCAUUUGUAUAGGAAAUUUCCCUUACCCUAAAGAAUACCUUUUGAAAUGGAACAAGUUUACAAAGAUAUAACACAAUCUAUUUUCUUAUUUGUCUCCCUUGUAUCUCUUUGUGGUGAGUAUGUUUUUAAAAUAGAACUAUCUCCAAAUUUUUCUAAGACUGCAGUGAAUAGUUUUCUUUUAAAAUUUUGAGAUUAUGAAUGCCAGGAAUAUUGUCAUGCAUUUAACUGUUAGCUGCUAAUAAGAUUUUUCAAUCCCUGGGACCUUUGGUCAUGCAUUACAAUUAAGCAUAAGCCAUAAAAUAUAUUGUUUUUUAAAUGUAUAUGCUUAUUGAGAUGCGUAAUAGGUUAGGAAUUUUUUUUCUGAAGAAUAUAUAUUUUAGGGGUUUCAGAAAUCUCUUGUCAUAGGAGAGAUUUCCUUUUGUUAGAUUCUCAUAUACAAGGGAGAAAUGAGAAUAAAUUGGUGAAAAGUAUCCUUGUUAAUUUUAUUCAAGAAUGCCAGUAAAAAAUUCAUAAUAUAUGUCUUUAAGACAAAUGAGAGAUAUAUAUUUUCAAUUAAGUAUAAAGAAUUAUUUGUUGUUACCAUCCUUUGUUUUAGUGCUACUCCAAUGUGGAAACCAUACAUAAAAUGUGGUGGGGAAGGGUUGUGUGUGUUAUUUAUACAAAGUUUAAAAUACUUAUUAGUAUUUCAUUUAACUAGAGGGUAGUUUAUUUUCAGUGGUAUAUGCUGUUUUUUUUAACUUGUACUUAAAACUUUUGGUUAUUUUUUGGAGGUGGCUUUGAAAUGCAAAUUAUAUAUUUUUUAAAAAUGCCUUACACAGAAAGUUUGAGAUUUUUUGGUUGGAAAGAAGGAAAGGUAAGAAAUGCUUUUUACAUUAUCUUUAAAGCAUUUUAGUAGUUACCAAAUACAGAAAACAUCUAAAAUGAUAGUAUAUUAGGUUUUUAAAAGAUUUCUGAAAUUUUGAUGAAAGUUGGAUAUAAUUUUUAUUUAAUUUGUGGACUUCUCAAGGAUUUGUAUAAAUACUACAAUUAAGAGAUCUUCCAUGCUGCUACUUUUCAAGUCAAAAGUAGAAUAUGCUUGAUUUCAAAAACCUAAGUAUUUAAAAGAUUUUUAAAGGUUUAUAACAUUUUGUUUGUCUUUAAAAACAAAGGUAUUAACUAGAUUACUUAAAAUUUUUUUCUCUUAAUGUUUCAGUUUUUAGUUUUAGGGAAAAUAAUCCCACAUAAAUGUUCUGAAGUUUUUAGAGUGGGAUGAGUACCUUAUUGUAAAAUUCUUAAAUUUGCAAGAGAAUUAUUAUUCAUUGAAGAUUUGUGAUGUUUUAAAUUUUUAUUCUGACUAUACAUAAAAACAAGUUAACCUGCAGCUGUUCAGUUGGUUCUGCACAAGAAAUAGGUAAGUAAUUAUUGUACCAGUUAAUGCCAAAUGUUUCUUCAAAUUAAUAUUCUUUAGAAAUGAGGGUAAAGAUUUUCUUAGAAGUCUGUAAUUCUGUAAAUAUUUCAGUAUAUUAAGUUAUACAGUCUUUAUAUAAAUAAUCCCUUACUUCCAUGCCUACUUACUUUGGGAAAUAGUCACUUCCUUAUGUUAUCUGUAUGUAUGCUGCCAGUCACGCUCUAAUUUGCUGUGGAAGAGUGCUGUCUUACAAAUUAAGACUUCUCUUUUAAAGUUAAGUGAAAUUUUUACCACAAGUAUAACUCGAUACUUAAAUUUUAUUUAAAUACUUUUAUUGUGGAGUAGAUAUAAGAAAGUACCUACAGUUCUAUACCAGGGGAGUGGCGUUAUGUGGUCCGUUUACAGACUGCUGUUUUCUUUGUUGUGCUUUUAGCAUGUUUCUACAAAAUUGAAAUAUUGGUGUAAUAAAUAUUCAGAAAUUAUUUUCUUUUUUAUUGUCACCUAACCAAGGAAGGGGGGGGUAUACACAUUGAUGUAGGGAUAUGCAGAGAAAGCCUUGUAUAAAAAAUAGUAAAUUUGUCUUUUGAUUUUUUAAGAAGCGCUUAAAAUUGUUAACUCAUGAUUGUUAACUCAUGAUGUGCUCUUUAUGAACACUGCUGUAUCCACGCCACGUCUGGUACUUAAAUUAUCUCUAAGGAAGGUUUUUUUUUUCCUAAUUUUUCAGUGUAACCUAUUACAGAUCUUUCAGUUUGCUGUAUUAGAAUAAAUAAUAAUAGUAAGUAUAUAAGUCAGCAAGAUUAUCCAAACAAAAGACUAGGUUAUAUAUGUUAAAUCUCAUUUUAUUUAAGAAAAAAAGUCAGAGUGUGGAUCUGAGAAAAUACUUGGCAUUUACUCACAGGUUUGGACUGGUGUACUUAAUUUCAAGAUAAAUAGGAUGAAGUGUUUCACGAUGCUGACAGGAACAUUUAGAGAGAUAUCAGAAUGACAAGAGAAUUUUAAAACUUUCAAAUUCAUAUCAGAUAGCCUUAACUUUUCACAUGAAUCAAACUUUUAGUAAAAUGCACAUUAUAUCCUAAAUAAUAAAAUAUUUAAUUUUGUAAUCUUACCAGUUUUAUUUUACUUUAUUACCAUAUUUUCUUUAGAUUAAGAAGUUAGUUUCUAUUGUACUUAUGCCAUAUGGGAUUGCUUGGUUGGUGCAGGCCCUAAAAUACUGUUCAUUUCCAGUCUUAUAAAUUUAUAAGGAAAUGCUCCAACUGAAACACUGGUCUUCAUUAGUAUGGUUGUAAAAGUUAAUGAUCAUCAUUCCAUGGUAAGUCCUUUAUUUGCAUAACAAAUUACUUAACAUUUUAUUUUUGAAAGUAACUGUAGCAGGUUUAUAAUAUAAGAACAUUAAAAGAGCUUUAAGAGUCCCUGUUCCCGGUUACCCACAUUCUUAGAUUUUGUAAAUGGUUUACAUUUUAAUACUUGCCUAGGAAGCACACCUAUAGAUGCUAUUUAUUGGGGUCAAGCAGGUCAGCUUUGAGCAGUGUGAGCAGAAGCUUAGCUUUUAGGGGCACCUGGGUGGCUUAGUUGUUAAGCAUCUGCCUUCGGCUAAUGGUCCCAGGGUCCUGCUUGGUGGGAAGACUUUUCUCCCUCUCCCACUCCCCCUGCUUGUGUUCCCUCUCUCACUGUCUCUCUGUCUCUCUCUCUGUCAAAUAAAUAAAUAAAUAAAUAAAUAAAUAAUUUUUAAAGAAGCUUAGCUUUUAGAUCUGUUUGUAAAUAACAAUAAAUUGAGCAAGGGGGUGAGAUAGAGAUGGCACAGCAGGUAAUACGGAUGCAGCGGGCAGCUGAGAAGGCAGAUUAUCAGUUGCAGAUGAUAAUACAGUAUCAGAACAAGUACUAGAAACACAAAUGAAAGGAUGCAAUAGAGGUAUUUUUUGAUCAGUUAUCCUUUCAAGUACAGUUGUAUACAUAGAUGGAAACCUUUAGAUGAUUUUCAAAAAAAAAAAGGUAAGGGGAUAAUAUUUUUAAGAGUAAGUUUAGGUGCUUUUAUCUUCUUUAUUUUUUAUUUUAGGUUCUUUUAGUUUUUGUUAUUUUAUAAAAAUAUUUAUUUAAGAGAGAGAAAGAGAAUGAGCAGGGGAGAGGGACAGUGAGAGAGGGGAAGAAGACCCUCUGAGCAGGGUGCCCGAUAGAUAGAUAUAUAAUGCUAUAUAUUAAUAUAUUAAUGUAUGAUAUAAUAUUAAUAUAAUAUUGUAUAAUUAUAUAUAACAAUAUUUAUAAUAAAUGUAUAUAUGAUAUGAUGUGUGGUAUAUUGUAUAUUAUAUAAAUAUAAUGUUUUAUAUUUAUAUAUUAAAAGUUUAUAGUGAUUAAUAAUAUUAGAGGUUAAAGAAAUCACAGUAAAGAAAAUGGAAACCAAAUGAGAAAGAUAAAUCUAACACUCAAGGUACGCAGUUAUGAAAAUGGAAAUUUUCUUUUUUGACUAUUUGAAAUACACUUAUGCUUUCUUCUUCUGCAUAAUAGUUUUGUUGAAGGUUGCUAUAGCAAUGAGUCUUUAUAGCUAUCCCUGAUUUUAAGUAUAUUAACACAAAGUUUAUUAUUUUAUGUCCUUAGUAACAUUAUUUUAUUUUUUAUUUCUUCUUAUUAGUAACAUUUUAGACCCAUCAAUUUUUGGUUGAAGGAAAAGUAAAAAGAAAGUUAUUUGCAGGAUCUAAGACUUCAUUUUGAUUCUUAGGAACAAAUGACUGAAUUUGCUAACACUUGUAAUCUACAUAACAAAGGUGUCAGGGCCCUUGAACUGCAAGCUGCUGGGUGGCCCAAAGCUAACUGACAUAAUCAGAAGUGGUUUGUGUUAAAUGUUUGCAAUUAUUCACUACUAUUCAAAAAGCAUUUUAAAAAAUAACAGUCACUAUUUCCUAUAAAUCCUUCCAGAAGAAGGUUUUUUAAAAUGCUGUGUUUUUUUUUUUUUUUUAAGAUUUUUAUUUAUUUGUCAGACAGAGCAAGCGAGAGUGUACAGGAGGGGGAGUAACAGGCUGAAGGAGAACAAAAUACCCCGCUAAGCAAGGAGCCCCAUGCAGCGCUGAGUCCCAGGAUCCUGGGAUUAUGACCUUAGCUGAAAGCAGAUGCUUAAGCGGCUGAGCCACCCAGAUCCCCAAUCCAUGUUUCCAUCAGUAAUUUUGAGGAUAGUAUGAAUCUUCUAGUACCACUUCUUUCCCUUUCUGUUAGUGAUUUUAUAACAGUGCAUUGCAGCUUGUUGAAUAGGAAUUCUUGAUAAUAAGAGUAAAGGUAUUGUUGACAAUGAAAACUGAAACUGAAUUUUGCCUUUUUAUUGAAGGACUUGGAAAAUGUUGAACUCUAUCAUUGUAAAUUCCUUAAGAGACCCCAUUUAUUUCCAAAAGUAUUAUUACAGGGAAACAAUUUUUCAAAAACUGUAGAGGAUAGUUCUUUUCUAAAAAUGGUUUGUAAAUCUGAGACCUACGGGACAGUGAGUAUGGUUCUGGGAAAAAAAGGAAUUUAUAAAUUUCUGUCAGAGCUGAGAUUAAAUUCACAUUUUGUGGGAAUUUUUCUAACAUCUUGAAUUUCUCUUAUUUUAAAUUUGCUAUAAUAAAUGUGGAGGAUUAGAGUACAAAUAACUCAGUCAAAUGCCAAAAAUACUUCAGCUCUAAUAAUUACCUAGGUCAUUUUCUUAUAUUUGCUCCAACUUGCCUCUUAAUGGUCAUAUUCUUAGUAGAAUUCUUUCUCCUCUCUAAGAUAAAAAAAAAAAAAAAAAAGUAUCCUGUCCUCAUCGUGUAUCACUUCAGAUCUUCCUACAUAGGUAUUCGCAAAUCCUGGUGGUAUAUCCACUUAGAAUUCCCUGUUAGAUAAAUAUUCAAACAAAACCAAGAGAUAAAAAAAUUAAUUAUGUUGCAACUCUGAGAAUAUUAUCCCUAAUCAUGAUGUUUUCAGGGAUCCAAGUUUGCUGUGGCCCCAAACAAACUCAGAUACAAAAAAGGUGGGUAUCUUGGGCCUGGACUUAGUAUGAGAGAGUUUCAUAUACUACUUCUCUUUAGAACAUGGUUUUUUAAGAGCUAUCACCUGUAAGAGGGUCAGUACUCUUAUUGGGGGAAGAAAACUCUUUUUAAGUAUAGAGCACAUAAACAGAUAUGCUGUGCUUUUAAAAUUUCAUGGUGGAGGAGAAGAGGGAGAAAAUGAAAGGUCAGCUUCUGGUUGGGGAAGGGAAAAGGGAAAUAAUAUAAAGACAGUUGAGGAACAUUGCUCUAGAGGGUACUCUUACGGACAUGGGCCAAACCAGCACUACCUCAGAAAUGACCUCAGGAAAGGGAAGAUAUGUGUGUCAGAACAGCCGAGAGUAUGAGAGCUUUAAGCAAAUAUUCCAAAUAGUGUAUCUGAAAUAAGAAGUAGCUGAUAUGUAAUCUUUCUAAAAAGUAAUCUAAUUUUAACCUCUCUAGAAUUUAAAGGUUUUUCCUUAACAGAUAUAAAAGUUGGGUCCUCUUCAGUGGAGAUAAAUCCCUGAGUACCAUUUUGUUGUCUUGUUUUUACAUUUUACAGUAAGUAAGAUUUAAUACUCCCCUCAAAAAACUUAACAGGUAUUUUAAUAAUAUAUGACACAUUAACAAUUUGCUUAUUGGUCAGACAAGGAGGUAAUAAAGUACUUUUUGAUAUUAAAACUAUGUCCUAUCACUGUAUAUUAAAGUAAAAAAUAAAAUUUCCACAGAGAAAAAGGAAAGAAGCAAUGCCAAGUUAAGAUCAUAUUUAUUUUAUGAAAUGAAAUUUAUGGAGAAGACUGACUACUCAUUUUUGACUGAAAAAAUGCUACAGGGUUUGGUUUGGUUUGGUUUAAUUUGUUAACUAUCUUCCAGGGUGUGAAGUGGUGUAGCAGUGUGGUUUUGAUUUGCAUUUCACUAAUGAUGAAUGAUGUUGAGCAUCUUUUCAUGUGCAAUUUAUUGGCCAUUUGGGGAAAUGUCUAUUUAAGUCCUUUGCCCCAUAUUAAAAUUGAGUUUUGUGUUAAGUUUUGUGUUAAGUUAUAGGAGUUCUUUGUAUUCUGGAUAUUAACCCCUCAUCAGAUAUAUAAUUUGUAAGUUAUUUUUCCCAUUCUGUGGAUUACCAUUUUACUCUGUUGAUUUGUAUCCUGUGAAGCACAAAGUUGUUCAAUUUUGCUGUA